AUGUGCGCACGCGCGGCCACGCAGAUUGUGUCGACGCAAAACUCCCAACGGCGAAACGCCCUUCGCAAACUAGUCGACCGCAGUCUUGCCAGCCAACGGCAGGCUAGAAAAAGCAGCUACCGCCCAGGAACUAUAGCAAAAGCAGCCAAGAGCAGAAGAAAACACAGCGGGUUCCGAGAAAAGAUGGGGAGUUUCAUUUCGCAGCUGAAGGGGAUGCUGGAGAACUUGGGCAAAUCCGAGGCUCGGAUCCUAAUGCUGGGUCUGGAUGCGGCCGGCAAGACCACCAUCCUCUACAAGUUGAAACUCAACGAGGCGGUGUCCAGCAUUCCGACCAUCGGCUUCAACGUAGAGACGGUGACGCCGGUGAAAGGCGUCUCGUUCACGGUGUGGGACGUCGGCGGCCAGGACAAGAUCCGGCCGCUCUGGAAGCACUAUUUCCACAACACGGAGGGCCUGGUGUACGUGGUGGACAGCGCGGACAAGGAGCGACUCAGCGAGGCCAAGGAGGAGCUGUUUUGGAUUCUGGACUCGGACGAGAUGCGCGGAGUGCCCGUGGUGGUACUGGCCAACAAGCAGGACCUGCCCAGCGCCGUCCAGCCUUCGGAGGUGGCUAACAGACUGGGUCUGCCAUCCGUACGGACCCACCAGUGGUUCAUACAAGGUACGUGUGCCGUAUCGGGCGACGGGCUACUCACAGCUAUGGAAGAGCUGGGCAAGAUGGUUAAGGAAUACAAGAAGAGCCGAAGAUAG